UUUUACGCCAGAAGACGCUACAUGGGGACGAAGAAGAGAGCGCUGUCUGAGAGCCAAAGUAAGUGCACAAGGAGCUCGAGAAGCAAAGCGUCUAAUGGCGGCGGCCAUUUAGAUGGAUGCGUUGGUCCGCCGCCAGCAGCGCCAAGAGAGCGACGCAAGGACGGUGCGAACGAGACGCGUGAAUUGGACGAGUCGGUUUUAUUGAAGUGUUUCGUCGAGCUAUUCCAAGUGUUGUUUCCGAGCAUGGGGAAUUCGAGCAAUAUACACGUCAACCUGGAGCCCGCGAGCGGCAAAUCUGGAGAGUGUCGAGUUUCCAUAUCUGCGGCCCAUUUGAUAGAAACGGCUGAAUUGAAGCAAAAGGUCAAACAAAUAGUGAGCAGGUUUGGGAAAUGUAUAGGCGUCGCGUGUCUAUCUAGAAACCUUGUUCUAGAAUUCACUUUAUUUAGUCGCACGUCGGCAGACGAGUUUUUCGGCAAAAUGCUCAACACGGUGAGGCAGUUGAUAGAGUACAGUCAUAUGGUUUCUCCGGGGAGAUGGCUGUCUUACUCUUCGGACAAGUGUUCUGUGGCGUAUCCGAGCUGUGCCAAGAGCGGGUUUGACACCACGCUGUUGAGUUCGAUGUUCAAGUCUCAGGAUUUCGUGGCCGCGAAGUCCCCGGACGCGCCCGAGUUCAGGGUCAAUUCGGUCGUCAUGAUGAACGUGGCGGGCUUCGGACACCGUUGCGUCUCUCUGGUGUUUUCGCAGAAUGGAUUGCCGGUGCUGGAGAGAGAGGCGGCGCACCGAGAGUUGGUGUGGAGCGUCUUCAAUCACAAGUGCGUGAGGAAUGUGUUGAACAUCACUUUGGAGAGAAAGGGAUGCGAGGUGGAAGGAUGCGAGUUGGCUGCUUUUUGCAAUGCACAGGUGCCGUACCGAGGCGCUGCGGUGGAAACGGACGACGUGCCGCCGCCCGACAACAUGGUGAUCGUUAUUUCUCAGGAGGUGAAGAGUGAAAAAAAAGGCAUGGCGAAGCUGAGAAAGUUUACGAUUGAGUCGGUGGUUGGCGCGAUGCUCAAGCUGUCAGAGAGGCAUCCUUGUUUGCUAUCGCCGAAAGAGCGCAAGAAGUUGAAGGUGGUUGAAGAGGCGUCAGAUUCGAUUGCAUCUUCGAUAUCUUCGAUAGUGAACAUCAGCACGAACCAGGAGUUUGUGGACAGAUGUUUUGCUGCGAUGGGGAUGCCGCUGAACGCGACGGACCAAGACGUGGAAUUGAGAAUGAAGGAGUUUCAGUCCUUGUUGCAGGAGAGCGUUCGCAGGGCGGCGAGAAGUGCCAAUCCGUUCGAGGAGAUGAUUUCGCAGAUGUCUACAGAAGAGGGGCUAGAGGUGUCGGGUGGCGAUGAGGGAGAGGGUCUGCUCGAGGAGGAGAUGUUGCAGCAGCUAUGGAUUCCUGCGGGUUCUUAUAUGAUGGAUGAGAGUCAGUUUAUAGAGGUCUUGAUUUGCUGAAUGGGGAUUGAUGGGCUUUUCAGGACGGUCCUUGAGGGGUGGAGUACACGGGUGGGUGUACGUGGAGUAGUCUGCGUCCUUCUUUUUUGGACGACCUGAAGAGAGAGAAGAUUCGGCUGAAGAGAGUGGGCGACGGGGUUGGUUCCUGGGAGUUUGGUUCGUUGGGAAGGCGGAUAGGUAGCAUUGUUUUUUUCUUACGGUUUGACCGCAGUUUGUGGGUUAUGAAGAUGGAGGCGCAGAACAGUAGGACGAUGGAGAGGCCGAGGAUGAUGCCGAUUUCGUAUUCGAGUUGGGUGCGGUUUUUGGAGUCCUGGGUGCAGACGGAGUACUGAUAAAAUGGGCAGGAGAGGAGGCUGUCGAACGGUUUUUCUCUGUUUCCGUAGACGCAUAUGCCGUCUUCGUGGUUGAAGAGGUUGGUGAGGCACCAGCCGCAGGAAGCGUCGGCAACGCAAGUGGUGCAGGAGGAGUGAGCGCUGCAGCCGGCGACGAGCCAUAUGGUGUAGCUGGUGUGGCGUAGCUGCGGCUGCAAUGACGAGGGGGACCUUGUGAUGCCUAUGGUCCAAUUGCCGGACUGUGACGCGGGAAUGAGUAGGUUGUGAGAGCUGCUGGAGCUUUGGUCGGCGUAGUCGUGGUCUUCGAUGGUGGGAAGUCUCCCGUUCGCGGCGAAGACCCAUAUGAGUCCGUAGAGUAAGUUUUCGUCUUCCGUUACGUAUGCCCGGAAGGUGAGCGAUUCUUGGAGGUUCGCGGUGUAGUAGUUCCAGCUGUUGAACUGGACGGUGCCCCUUGCGCCGGAGUUGAAGUUGAGGAACAUGUUGUAGGCGCUGCAGUCGUUUUUGACCCAGCGUUCGUCGCAUUGGCAGACGCCGUCUAUGCACUUGCCAUUGCCGCUGCAGUUUCUGAGGCACUGCUUGUAGGACGAGGCGGAGAUGGUGAGGGACGUGGAAGAGUUGCCGGAGUUGUAGGUGCCGAAGUAGUAGGUGCCGUUGAGCGGCUGGGAGUCGGAGAGGAUGAUGAUGCUUUGGUUGGAGGGCUGAUUGGAGAGUUCUAUGUACGAUUGGAAAGUUGGAAGCGUUUCGCGUUGGACGACGGUGAAGACGGAGGUGUUGGUGAUGUUGAAGACCGAGAAGGAGAUGGCGUUGUCCAUGUUGACGGACAGCGAGUAGUAUGCCCAGCGGGACGGUUGGAGUUGUGUGUCGAUGGUGGUUGAGUUGGAGAGGGGCAUUAAGAAGAGGCUGCAGUCUUCCUUUUGGUAGUAGGGUUCGCAGUGACAGGUUCCAUCUUGGUUGCAGAGUCCGUGGAGGGAGCAGUUGUUGGGACACGUGACGGACGCGGCGAGCGCGACCGAGUACUUGAUGCAGCUGGGUGGGUUGUCGUCUUGGUGGGUGGGGAACAAGACGAGGAAGGUCCAAUAGUCGGCGCUGGAAGUUUGCGCGUGGAUUGAGCAUUUGGUGGUCGAGCACAGCUGCGCCGAGUCGUAUUCGAGAGGGGUUGGUAUUUUGUUGUGGGCGGAGUAUAUCGCGAGUUGGAGGGACGGGUCGGUGUCUUGGAGCAUGAUUUGCAAGUCGAGGUUUUGAUUUGGGGUGUUGUUGUAUUUGUAGUAUAUUUUAGUGGCGGGCCACAUGCAUUCGUUUAGGAGCGAAGAGGCGUUGAGCGGUCUCACGUAUUGUCUGCAGUCGGUGCCGCUGUAGUAAGGGAGGCAGGAGCAAGUGGAGUUUUGCUGGCAGACGCCGUUGUUGGAGCAGGAGUUUAGACAGAAGGGGCCGCACGUGGCCGAAAGGUUGUAGUUGAGCGAGGGUGCGGAGUAAAUGCCGAUGUAGUAGUCGCCGGUGACGGGGUAGUCGAUGGACAGCGAGCAGGGCGUGAGGGAGAGGGAGAGGCAUCCCGUGAGGUACCGGUUGAUGGUGGGAAGGGUGUUGUAUCCGACGAGCACGGUAUAGGAAAUGUUGGAGAGGGAGACGUCAACGUGGAUACGGAUGCGGGCCUCGGUGUUGUUGAGUUUGUAGUAGACAAGAUUGGUGUCGAGCGUGCCCGAAACGGUCGUGUUGGGCUUCAGAUCGAAAACACCGACGGAGCAGUCUGGAUUGAGUCGGUAGGACGCAUCGCACUGGCAGAGGCCCGUAGUCGGGUCGCAUCGUCCGUGGUGGCUGCAGUCGUUGGGACAGCCGAGGCCGGGCGCGUCGGGCGGUCGGGGAGCGCUUCAGGUGGGCACGGGAGGG